AAAGUCUUGCUCCAUGGACGUGGCUUAUCUUCAAACUAAAUGCACUUCGUAUCCGUAUUGUUCUUCUUCCCAACAUCACCCUCGUCUAGUUGAUUCUAGGGUCUCCGAUUCAUCGCUCAUCAAUUCUAAUAGAAUCCAUUUACACAUUUGGAAUAAGAGGUGCUCAGCUUCGAACUUUAAAACCCUCGUUGCUGGUUCACCCAAGGAGAAUCGGAAACUGCACGAUGUUGUCACUGUAAAGGAAGAAGUGCUCAGUGACUUAACAACCUGGAUGCACAAGAACGGACUCCCUCCUUGCAAGGUCGUGCUUAAGGAGAGGCCCUCGCACAAUGUUAACCAUUGCCCCAUACACUUUGUUGCCGCUAACGAUGAUCUUCAGACAGGUGAUAUUGCAUUUUCUGUACCAAAUCUUUUGGUUGUAACCCUGGAGAGGGUUUUAGGAAACGAGAUUGUUGCUGAACUUUUGACAACGAACAAAUUAUCAGAACUAGCUUGUUUGGCACUAUAUAUCAUGUAUGAAAAGAAGCAAGGGAAAGAAUCCUUUUGGUACCCAUAUAUUAAAGAGCUUGACCGUCAACGAGGCAGGGGACAGUUAGCUGUUGAGUCGCCUCUUCUGUGGUCAGAAGCAGAACUCAAUUUCCUAACAGGGAGUCCAACAAAGCGUGAUGUUCUUGAGAGAGAGGAAGGAAUCAAGAGAGAAUACAAUGAGCUUGAUACAGUAUGGUUCAUGGCUGGAUCACUUUUUCAGCAAUAUCCAUAUGAUAUACCAACAGAAGCAUUUUCCUUUGAGAUUUUCAAGCAAGCUUUUGUUGCAGUCCAAUCCAGUGUUGUGCAUUUGCAGAAAGUUAGUCUUGCUAGAAGAUUUGCACUAGUUCCUCUAGGACCACCAUUACUAUCAUAUAGCAGCAACUGCAAAACAAUGUUAGCGGCUGUUGAUGGUGCCGUGCAACUUGUUGUUGAUCGUCCAUACAAGACUGGGGAACCAAUUGCUGUUUGGUGCGGACCACAGCCUAAUUCAAAAUUGCUAAUAAACUAUGGUUUUGUUGAUGAAGACAAUCCUUAUGACAGAGUCACUGUUGAGGUGGCAUUGAAUACAGAUGAUCCUCAAUAUCAAGACAAGAGAUUGGCUGCCCAAAGGAAUGGAAAAUCAGCUGUGCAAGCUUUUUAUAUAUAUGUGGGAAGAGAAAAAGAGGCUAUUUUGGAGAUGCUUCCUUAUUUAAGAUUGGGAUAUGUUUCAGACAUUUCAGAAAUGCAAUUUGUCUUGUGUUAUCAAGGUCCGGUUUGUCCGGUGAGAUAGUUUUUCUGAUAUAUGGUUGUGGGAUUUUUUAUUCUGUUCUUUGGUUUGGUAAUAUUGAAGGAUGAAGAGUUUGGCGUC